AUUCUAUGCAAUGUCGGGUUGCUCGACCCUUUCCUCUCGUCAGAUAUUUACCGGGUUAACAGUGCUGAGAAAGUUAUGCAAUCAUCCGGACCUGGUCACCAAUGACUACCGUGACUGUGCCACCAAUGGCAGAGAAGAUGGGGAGGAGGAGGGGGAGGGGGAGGAUGCAGAUGAAACGGCCUUCAUCAGAUCUAGGAGACCUCAGCGACGCAGGAGACGGCUGAGCACCCGAAGUAGCGAGGCAAAGAGGGAGGGGGAGAGAAGGUACAGGGAAGAACGGUUUGGCUGGGGAAAGAGGUCGGGGAAGAUGAUUGUGGUCGAGGCUUUGCUCAAGAUGUGGAGCGAACAGAAACACCGUGUCCUUCUCUUCAGUCAGUCUAAGAUGGUGUUGAGUAUUAUGGAACUUAUGGUGGUAGCCAAGGGCUACACAUACCUCCGGAUGGACGGAGACACUCCAAUUAAAGCCCGCCAGCCACUCAUACGACAAUUUAAUGAGACUCCCUCCAUCUUUGUGUUUCUCCUCACCACACGGGUUGGUGGGCUAGGGGUUAAUCUCACCGGAGCCGAUCGCGUCAUCAUUUAUGACCCUGACUGGAACCCGAGUACGGAUACACAGGCUCAAGAGCGUGCAUGGAGGAUUGGGCAGAAGAGGCAAGUGACUAUCUACCGACUAAUUACAUCUGGAACCAUUGAGGAGAAGAUCUACCACAGGCAAAUCUUCAAACAGUUUCUGAGCAAUCGUGUGCUGAAAGAUCCGAAACAGCGGCGGUUCUUCAAGGCAAACGACCUCUACGAACUCUUCUCCCUUGGUGGGGUCCACCCGAAGGGAGCCACCGAGACAAGCGCCAUCUUUGCCGGGACCGGGUCCGACGUGGUCCCCAAGAAACUGAAGAAGAAGAAGCGACGACAGAGGUCACGUGACUCUGUUGACGAUUCACGUGAGUCACAUGACCUCGGGGGUGGAUCACAUGAUCGUGGAGGGGUUGGGGGUGGGGAAGAGAGUGGGACGUGGAAUGGAGACGUGCAGAGGAAACCCAGGCAGACCCAAGUAUUGGAAUCAGCCCCGGAGCCACUCGUCCAGUUCUAGACCACAGAAUGAUGAAAGUAGCGAUACAUUUUCAGUUGGAUUUUUGGCUGAAAUUUCCAGAGGAGCUGAGCAUGGAAAAGGUGGCAAGGAAGAAGGGAGUGUCGCUGUUUCUGCCGGACCAGUGGGGGGAAUGGAGGAGUCUCGAAAUGAGGUGACUGGUGGUCCCUCUGCUCAAGUAGAACACCCCUUCACUGGCUCCUCGGGAGAGCUGGCCUGCCAAAACAGGCAGAGUCAAACCGAGAGCCUCAGACCUGUCCAAUCUCCUGGUUCUUGUGGCUUGGAGCACACUCAGAGUGGGGAGACAGAGGAGAGGAAAGGGAGAGAACGCAACGAGAAGAAGUCUCACCGUCACAGAAAGAAGAAGAAGAAGCACAAAGAGGUCUUCUACGGCGGCCGCGGUGGUGGAGGGAGUGGAGAUAUCGGGAGUGGAGAAGAAGAGGCUGUUCAGGCCGGAGGGGGAGGGAGAGAAGGCCACCAGUAGCAGCCAUGACGACUACAUCCUCACAAAACUCUUCAAGAAAUCAGCUGUGCACUCUGCGAUCCAGCACGACUCCAUAAUGAGCAGUGUCAGUGGAGACUACGUGGUGGUAGAGAACGAGGCAAAGAAGGUGGCGCAGAGUGCCGCCAGAGCUCUGAGGGAAUCGCGGAGGAGGUGUCUUGGGGGAGGAGGGGGAGGGUGGGGGCAGCUGACUGGACUGGACAGCACGGAUCUGCUGGUAGUGGGUCAAGACAGCAGUUGAGGUUUGGAGCAAAGACCCAGCAGAUGGUUGCCAAGGUUUGGACUCUAUAUACAAUCCACAUUGCUAGUGUAUAUACACCCACGCACACUUUCACACAGGGCUCAUACUCGGAAUCUUCAAAACUCUUUGAUGGACAGAAAGCCGGGACCUCUCUACUCCCGUCUCCUCAGAAGCAGCAGCAAGCACCCUCCUCUUCCUCCUCCUCCACUACCACCUCGUCUGCCUCUCUCCUGUCGGCCAUGCGAAGCAGAAACUCUCACUCUCUCCCACAAUACGCCGUGAAAGAUGUCCACAAAUCGGCCCACGACAAUUUGAUGCAGGAAAUCAGGGAUUUCAUUGCCACCCGGUGUAAAUUCGAUGGGCAGGCAACUACCGAUGAACUCUUGGGUCAUUUCUUGUCGCGGCUCCCUAAUUCAGACACGGCUACGUUUCGCUCCAUGCUGCACGAGAUAUGCGAUUUUUCUCGCGUUCACGGAGAGGGACGAUGGUUUUUGAAAUCACAAUUUAGGUAACAGUCACCAAGAUUAUCAUUG